AUGGGAAAAGGCGAUUUUACGAAACCCGUUAAUUUCGUGUCGAAAGGUACAGUAAAUCCGAACCUGGAUCGGGAUGCUGUAGAGGAAAGGCCCGGAUUGGGAGCCAAGCCGCAGGAGCCGGCAGAGGAUGAGGAUCGGAGCGGAUUGGGUCGGACGGGCCUCGGGUUUGGUGGAGCAGGCUUGGGAUUCACGUCCGGGGGUUCCGAACCUGAAAGGCCAGGUUUGGGAGCCAGGGGGGAGGCACAAGGAGAGGAGGAGGAGGAGGAAGAGGAUCACUUAGCCAAGACUGCUUUCGGCCAGCGGCUAAGGGAGCGAGCAGAGCAGAGGAGGGAGAUGGAGAGGGAGCGAGCGAAGCAGGAGAAGCAAGAGGCGUCGUUUUUCGCGCAGCAGAAGGCGAAUAAAGGGGUUGCUGGCGGGCUUUUCGGCUCUGGAGGUGGGGGAGGGGGAGGGAAGGGUGCUGCUCAUGGGGUUGGAACGUUCGAGAAGCACACUAAAGGAAUAGGGAUGAAGCUUUUAGAGAAGAUGGGGUACAAGGGAGGCGGGCUGGGUAAGAACCAGCAGGGUAUAGCGAAGCCGAUAGAAGCGAAGCUUCGCCCGAAGAACAUGGGUAUGGGCUUUAACGACUUCAAGGAGAAAGAAGUCGGGUUACCACCCCCGCCGUCCGGGAAAGACGGGGAGGUGUUGGGAGGGGAAGGGGAGGGGGGAGUGGCUUUGGAGGUUGUGGAAAAGAGAGGGAGAGAGAAGCUAUGGAAGAAGAAAUUUGCUGGGAGGAGGAAGGAGUAUAAGACAGCGGCUGAGCUGCUGGAAGAGAAGCAGGCGGAGGGGCGGGAGGUGACUCAGACGAUCCUGGACAUGCGUGGAGCACAGGUCCGUGUGUUGACGAAUAUGGACCGGCUGAACGAGGAGCAGAAACUGCAAGAGGACGACACGCCGAUGCCGGAGCUGCAGCACAACCUGCGACUGGUGGUGGAUCUAGCAGAAGCAGACAUUCAAACCAUCGACAAGCGCUUGCGAUUCCAACGAGACUCGCUCACCGCUCUCAAGCAGGAGCGCGACCGCACGCAGCAGCGCAAGCAGCAGCAGGCGCAGCAGCUAGUGGAUCUCCAGAGGAUUGUUGGGGUGCUGGAGAAUGUUUUGUCGUCUGCCCCUCCGCCGCUGCCGCCGCCGUCGACGGCGUCGGCUGAAGCCCUCGCGCAGGACUCGCACGCGAUUGCGACAUCUGUCGUGACGCCAUUGGCUGCGCUGCGGAGGCUGAGGGAGCAGCAUCCCGAGGAGUUCAAGAUGUAUAAUGUCUCGGCGGUGGCGUUGGGGUUUGUGCUUCCCCGUCUGGCUCCGCUUUUCCGCACCUGGAAUCCCCUUGCCCACCCGUCCCACGGUCACGCUGUGCUAUCCUCCUGGCGUUCUGUGCUUGCACGGGAUGUAGGGGGAAGAGGAGGAGGAAAAGGUGAGAGUGACGAGGAGAGUGGGGCGAUUUUUGCUGACGUGGCACUGGCUGAUUCGGUGGCAGAUCCGGGAGCAGCCGCAGGAGGGGUGGGAGGGGCGCCUGCUGAGAUGGACCCAUACGCUCGCCUCGUCGCAGAUCUCGUGCUGCCAGCUAUCAGAUCCGCAGUGGUCAAUCUUUGGGAGCCUCGGGAGCCCGAGCCUCUCCUGAACUUCCUCGACACGUGGCGCGCUCCCGUGCUGCCAUCUGUCCUCCUGAGAACGAUUCUCGCGCACCUGGUGUUCCCGAAGCUGGCAGCCACGGUGGAGGCUUGGGACCCGAGGCUAGAAACCGUACCUGUCCACCAGUGGCUGCACCCGUGGCUCCCGUACCUAGGCUCUCAGCUCGAGACGCUCUACCCAACCAUACGCUUCAGGCUCGGAUCUGCCCUCACCGCAUGGCAUCCAUCCGACUCGUCCGCUCUUGCAAUGCUCGCCCCGUGGAAAUCUGUGUUUGACGCUGCGAGCUGGGACACUCUAGUGAGUCGGUCUAUCGUCCCAAAGCUUAUACAAUUACUGCAGACUGAGUUCUUAGUGAAUCCGCAGCAGCAGCAGCUGGAGCCGUUUCAUUGGGCCAUGUCGUGGGCGGGUGUGGUCCCCACGCGCCACCUCAUCGCCUUGCUGGAUACUGCCUUCUUCCCGCAGUGGCACCAGGUGCUCUACCAUUGGCUGUGUGCAAACCCUAAUUUCGAUGAAGUCACCCGGUGGUAUCUGGGAUGGAAGGCGCUUUUUCCCACCGAGAUUUUAAGCUCGGAAAGGGUGCGGCAGCAGCUGAACGUCGCUUUAGAUAUGAUGAAUCAGGCUGUAGAGGGGAUGCCGGUUCUGCAACCCGGCGUGAAGGAGAACGUCUCUUACUUGAGAGUUUCGGAGCAGCAGGCGUUUGCAGAUGGGGUUGGGGCAGGGGCAGGGGGAGGUGUAUCUGGUGCAGGCAGUGCUGCUGCUGGGGGAGGUGGUAUUGCAGCAGGUGGGGUUGGUGCGGGUGGUGGGAUGGGUGGUGCUGGUGCAACCAGUGGUAGCACAUUGACAGGAGGGAGAGGGGGUGGAGGAGGGAGGACGGGGAUGUUGCACCAGGAGGAUGAGAAGGAGCUUUCUCUACGCGAGGUCGUGGAGCGAUUCGCGCUGCAGAACGACGUGAAAUUCCUGCCGAAACCCGGCCGCACGCAUGAAGGCAUGCCGGUGUUUUUGUUUGGCACGAUCAGCCUGGUGAUAGAUUCUCCGAAGCAGCUGCUGAUGGCGCAGGAUGAUAAGCAUGCGUGGGUGCCUGUGUCGUUGCAGCAGGUGUUGGAUAUGCAUAGGAAGAAGGGGGGGAGCUUUUUGUUGAGUGACUUAUCGUCUUUGGAAGCGGCACAGGCGGUCGCAGACUCCCAAAAACCUGCUCUUCAAGCUAUUCUGGACACGUGGGGUUCGGCCCUGCGGCUGAGCCAGACGUGGUUCGUUGCAUCAGACUGUUCGCAAUGGCUCGGUCUCACUUGCAACUCGCUUGGCGAGGUCAUUUCUCUAGAGUUCCCCGGACGAACUGAGCUCCGGGGAGCUUCGAUUCCGGCCGCAGUUACUCAGCUCACGGCUCUUCAGAAACUGUCCCUGGACCACAACCUGCUUGUUGGCGAAAUUCCUGCUGACAUCGGAUUCCUAACUGCGCUGACGAAUCUGUCGCUUAGCGGAAACGCCUUGACUGGUGGGCUUCCAAGCAGCAUAGCCAGUCUGGUCAACCUGCGGUCACUGGAUGUAAGUUCAAACCGAUUGACCGGAGCCAUUCCUAACGUCUUCAGUGGGCUCACUGCUCUCACCACUCUAGCUCUCGGGUCCAAUGGCUUCACUGGAGUCUUUCCACCUGCCCUCCUCAACCUUUCUCAACUCCAGUUCCUGCUAGUGGGAGACAAUCAGUUUUCCGGUUUUCUUCCGGAGAGUAUCGUCGGCCUGCAGUCCCUCGUCGCAUUGGACGUCAGCCGCAAUCAGUUUUAUGGCAACCUCCCCGCCGCACUUGAAGCUUUUACCGGCCUCGUCUUUGUUGACGUCAGCAACAACCAAUUCAGCGGAACUCCUACCUCCUCCUUCGCCUCUGCUUCGCUGGCAAACACCGCUCAGGCAACCUACGAUCUGAGCGCAAAUUAUUUCAGCAACCUUCCGGUUAGCUACACCGCGCAGUCUGCGGAUUUCUGCCCGUCGAAUCUUGAGGGGGCUUUCGCGCAGGCGAAUCUCGCCCAGUUCGGCGCGUCAAAGUCCAGCAGCUCGAGGGAGAAUUGUUUUCUGGGGGGAAAUUGGAACGUUUCGGAACAUUUCGGUAAUGGGAAGGGCAAGAGCAACAAGAAAGAUCCGAAGAAGUUUGCGGGGAGCAGUGGGGGAAGCGCUAGCGCUGGGACUGGUUGCAGCGUUGCCGCGCAGCGCAGAGCGAUUGAAUGCGUGGCGUUUUGCGGAGCGGCUCUUCCCGCGGGUGCUUGCGGUGGCCUCGGUUAUUGCACACUCUCCACGCCGUCCCGCACCCCCGCUUGCAUCUGUUACGACGGGAUGUACAAUGUUACCCUGUCAGUUCGCGUGGGUGGUGUUACUGUAACAUACCCUUCGUGCUCGCCGUUCCAGAGCGUCGUCACCCCUCCCCCGUCGCCACCGGACGAUGACACCAUGCGGAAGCGAGACUACCGCGGUGCGAAAUUGGACGGCGCAGCGGAUAUCAGCGGGUCGUAUUACAACCAGUAUUUCCGCCACAUGACCGUUGGAUUCUCGGGAACCGUGGCGAGCCCUCAGUGGACCAUUCCGCCGUCUGUUGACUGGACAUCCCGCAUUCCGUCUGCCCUUCUUGCCACCAAGAACCAAGGCGCUUGCUCCGCGUGUUGGAUCUUCGCCCCAGUGGCCGCGGUGGAAGCAGCGUACGCCAUCGCCUACAACCUCGCCCCGCCCAACAUCUCAGAGCAGAAGGCGAUUGACUGCCAGGGCACGUGGUCGUGUGAUGGAGGCAAGCCGGACGACGCCUUCAACUACAUUGCUGCCAGCGGCGGACUGCCUUCCGCUGAUAGCUAUCCUUACACGGGCAUUCUCAACUCUGGCACGUGCAAGGUGAAUGACCAGAUCUCUGCUCGCUUCCGCGUUCGCCGCCUCCUUUCCGCCGAAGAUGCCACCGGUACCGCCAUUGACACCGCCAUUACUGUCCCCGCACACCAUUCCCGCAUGCUCGCUAUCUACAAGCCCGCUGGCUCUUCCCCGAUUCCUGCUUCGAUGCCAUCCGCCCCCUAUCCCAUCUCCAUGUUCGAAAGCAUUGGCAUUACUGGGUGGCUCGGGAUCGCCCUCGCUGUUCAAAGGCAACCUGUUGUGGUUUACAUAGAUGCACAUUCAGACACUUUCAAGGCAUACUCUGGCGGGUUUGUGUACAACGAUCCUAGCUGUUACGGCACGGGGGUGCUCGACCACCUGGUGGUGGUCGUGGGGUUCAACAUGAUGGAUGCGGUGCCGUACUGGAUCAUCCGCAACUCAUGGGGCCCCUCCUGGGGCGAGAACGGCUACAUGAGGAUUGCGAUUACUGGCGGCGCGGGAGUGUGCGGGAUGAACACGAUGCCCGGCCUCUACCCCGUCAUUACAACCCCUGACCCGUGCAAGCCCAUCAACCCAUGCGGCGGGGGCACCUGCACCUCCACUCCGACCAACAAGAGCCAGCGCAACAAGUGCACAUGCCCUGCUGGAUUCAUUGCUGUUACCAACCUGGACAAGACGCAGACCUGCGCCCUGGCCAAGGUGUGCACGUUCUUUGCUGUCAACCCAUGCGGCUUCGGCACAUGCGUUGAUGACGCCAAGGGCGGAUACACCUGCCUCUGCUCCUUGGGUUACAGCCUCGGCUCUCUCACCGACGGCACCCCCACCUGUGUGCCGGGCUCACUUGUGACCAGAGUCGUGCUCCCUGCUCCCAUGUCCUGUGGCUUAGUGCGCACUACGUACCAGCUUUCCAAGAAGGAUUUUGUGGCUCUCAACCCGAAGCUCAAGUGCAGUGGUACAUUCCCUGCUGGCACAUCGAUUGUCAUCCGCAAUGCUGGCACUGCCUCUGCUACACUGGGCUGUGUGGUUCCCUACACAAUCGCUCAGGGUGAUACGUGCGCAUCUAUUGCCACACUCUUCAACGUGACUCAGGCCUACCUUAAUGUUGCCAAUCCUGACUUGGAGUGCAACGCUCUCACACCAGGCCAGCAGAUCUGCGUGCAAACAGGCACUCCGCAGGCGCAAAGCUGCACCACUUACUACACAGUCAGCCCAGGCGAGACCUGCAAUGACGUCAUGAUCAAUACCUAUCCUCCAAUCAGUGCGGCGCAACUGUACCAGUACAAUCCGGGGCUUAUCUGCUCUUCGGACACGUCACAGCGGCUUGUGGGGCAAGAUAUCUGUGUGGAGUCUGUGUUGGUGGGGGCUCCUUGUGCCUAUGGCACCUACACUGUUGUGAGAGGGGAUACUUGUUCCAGUGUGGUGUGCAAGAUCUUCAAAUGCAGCUACAGUCUCAUGUACCUCUACAAUCCCGGAUGGGUAUGCACCAGCAGUUCACUCUAUGUUGGCCGUGUGCUCUGCAAGCCGAAGCCAUAG